AUGGCCAAUUUAAAGGAGAUUUGCAGUGGUUUACCUCUGGACCCUUUACCCCCAAACCGAGGAAGAGACCCCAACGUGCCUCAUGCACCCAUUCGAACCCCAAACCUCACUGUCCAAGAGGAGCGGCUGGCAUUGAGAAACGCCCUGCGCUAUUUCCCCCCGGCCCAUCAUGCAACACUUGCACCAGAAUUUGCACAGGAAUUGCGCCAGUAUGGGCACAUUUACAUGUACCGUUUUUGUCCUGCUUUGCAUCUGAGAGCGUACCCCAUACACGAGUACCCAUGCCGCACACGCCAAGCAGCUGCCAUCAUGUUGAUGAUUAUGAACAACCUGGACCCUGCAGUGGCCCAGUUUCCCCAGGAGCUCAUCACCUAUGGAGGAAAUGGUCAAGUUUUCAGUAAUUGGGCUCAGUUCCGUCUUGUGAUGAAUUAUCUGAGUGAGAUGACAGAGGAGCAGACUUUGGUCAUGUAUAGUGGUCACCCCAUGGGUCUGUUUCCAAGCUUGUCCUCCUCACCUCGCGCCAUUAUCACCAAUGGCAUGGUUAUUCCAAACCACUCCUCCAGAGAGCAAUAUGAAAAGAUGUUUGCGCUCGGUGUGUCUAUGUAUGGUCAAAUGACAGCUGGCAGCUACUGCUACAUUGGACCUCAAGGGAUUGUUCAUGGCACUAUGCUUACUGUGCUGAAUGCUGGUCGGAGGUACCUGGGCUCCGGUGACCUUCGAGGACGUGUCUUUGUGACCUCUGGACUUGGGGGAAUGAGUGGAGCUCAGGCUAAAGCUGCUGUCAUUGCAGGCUGCAUUGGCGUCAUUGCGGAGGUAGAUGAGGCUCCUCUCAAAAAGAGACACGAGCAAGGGUGGCUGAUGGAGGUCAGCGCAAAUUUGGAUCACUGCAUUAAACGCAUCAGAGAAACCAGGCACUCGAAGACUCCCCUCAGUUUGGGAUACCAUGGCAACAUUGUAGCUUUGUGGGAGAGGUUGCUGUUGGAGUACCAGCAGACUGGUGAGCUCCUGGUGGAUUUGGGGUCUGACCAAACUUCUCUCCACAAUCCCUUCAACGGAGGCUACUACCCAGUACAACUUAACUUCCGCCAGGCCAACCAGCUCAUGUCCACUGAUCCUAGUUAUUUCCGCCGCUUGGUCAAAGAAAGCCUCCAGAGACAUGUUAAUGUUAUUAACAAGCUGUCGGAUGCAGGAAUGUUCUUUUGGGACUACGGCAACGCAUUUCUACUAGAAGCUCAAAGAGCUGGUGCUGCUGUAGAAAAGGUUGGUGGAGGAGCGACUGAAUUCCGCUACCCAUCGUAUGUCCAACAUAUAAUGGGAGAUAUUUUUUCUUUGGGCUUUGGUCCAUUUCGAUGGGUGUGCACAUCUGGUGAUCCCCAGGACCUCGCCGUAACUGAUGACAUUGCUGCCUCAGUCCUGGAAGACUUGAGCAUCAACGCAACUGACCGAGUCAGACAUCAGUACAACGAUAAUAUCCGGUGGAUCAGAGAAGCAGGAAAACACAAAAUGGUUGUGGGUUCCCAGGCCAGAAUUCUCUACUCAGACCAGAAAGGAAGAGUAUCCAUUGCUUUGGCCAUUAACCGAGCCAUUGCUGAAAGAAAGGUUUCGGCUCCAGUGGUGAUCAGCAGAGACCACCAUGAUGUGAGUGGUACUGACAGUCCCUUCAGAGAGACCUCCAAUGUGUAUGAUGGCUCUGCGUUCUGUGCAGAUAUGGCAGUCCAGAACUUUGUGGGUGAUGCGUUCAGGGGGGCUACCUGGGUAGCCCUGCACAAUGGUGGUGGUGUUGGAUGGGGGGAAGUGAUGAAUGGAGGAUUUGGUUUGCUUUUGGAUGGCUCUGAGGAGGCAGCGAAGCGAGCUUCUCUGAUGCUUAACUGGGACGUUUCCAAUGGGGUGGCACGGCGCAGCUGGUGUGGGAAUUCCAAUGCAUACGAGACCAUCCAACGCACCAUGGAGGAGGACAGGAAGCUGCGGGUCACCAUGCCUUUUCCUGUACAGGAUGAUAAUGUGCUGGACCGGGCUCUUCAGGGCUGA